UCGCGCAUGCGCAUAUCCUCCUAUCCUAAUCGGCCGGUGCAGGGGGACAACGUGACAGCAUUGGCCUGGUGAGCAGAGACUGCCCUUAACCUGAAUGAGUCAUGGCCCAAUUCGGGGGACAGAAAAAUCCACCGUGGGCGACUCAGUUUGCUACCACCGCGGUGUCCCAGCCGGGCCACUCAGGGCAGUCUCUUGACCUAAAUAGCUUGCACUCUCUUGGUGUGCAACAGCCAUCUCUUCUGGGAGCAUCGCCCUCUGUUUACUCUCAGCAGUCAGCCUUGGCUGCAGCCUCCCUCAGCAACCAGUCUGCUGCAAACUAUCAGCUGUCUCAGCAAACUGCAGCUCUGCAGCAGCAGGCUGCAGCCGCCGCUGCAGCAGCGCUACAGCAGUCACAGAUCAAUAACGCGCUCCAGCAGUAUCAGCAACAACAACAACAGCAGCAGCAGCAGCAGCAGCAACAACAACAACAGCAACAGCAGCAACCGCCCCAGCAACCCCCGCAGCAACAGUUGUACAAUGUACCUCAUCAGCUUCCACAGCCACAACAGGCACUGCUUUCUCAGCCCCCUGUUGCACUGCCGACCAGCCUGAGCUUGUCCAACCCCCAACAAACAGCCCAGAUUACGGUGUCAUACCCGACACCACGUUCGAGCCACCAGCAGCAGACGCAGCCGCAGAAGCAGCGAGUCUUCACUGGUGUUGUCAGCAAGCUACAUGACACAUUUGGCUUUGUAGAUGAAGAUGUCUUCUUUCAGCUAAGUGCUGUGAAGGGUAAGACGCCCCAGGUGGGUGACAGGGUCCUAGUGGAGGCUGUGUACAACCCGAAUAUGCCCUUCAAGUGGAACGCCCAGCGAAUCCAGACCUUACCUCAGCUAGCAAAUCAGCAGCAUCAGCAGCAGCCUCAGCCUUUACCUCAAGCUUCCCCACAGCUCGGCAACCUUUACAAUGAGCCAGGGAUGCAGCUGCGGUACUCAGACAUGCACUCCGCUGCGGACAACAGACAAAAUAACCAACCUCAAGCUCCUAACAUGAUGAAGGCCGGCCCCGCCAUGCUCCAGUCGCUACCUCCCCCAACCACUUUCAGUGUUCCUUCCCAGGCUCCUCCGCCUUCCCUCUUGCAGGCGCAGCUGUCUGCAGCCUCCCUGGCCCCUCUCCUCCAAAACCCUCCUCAGCCUCUACUACCACAACCUCCACCCAAAGAUGUGUUUACUGGGGGUCUUUUACAACCCCCCGUGAGAAUGAUGCCACAGCCACAGCCCGUCAGACGAAUUGAGCCUCCGCCCCGUUUUCCCACUCGCAACGAUCGAGGCCCCGAGCUCAUCCUCAGGACUAAAGAAGAACGCAGCAGAGACAGAGACCGUGAGCGCCGGAGAUCAAGAGAACGCUCGCCCACACGAAAACGUUCCAGAGACCGCUCUCCGAGACGUGAUCGCUCCCCGAGACGUCCUCGCAGGGUGGUCCCUCGCUACACGGUCCAGUUUUCCAAGUUUAGUUUAGACGGCUCCAGCUGUGACAUGAUGGAGUUGAGAAGGCGCUAUCAGAGCCUCUACAUUCCCAGCGACUUCUUCAAUGCUGUCUUCACCUGGGUGGAUGCCUUUCCUCUUACGCGACCCUUCCAGUUUAGCAACGCCUGUAACUUUCACAUCUUGCACAAAGAGGUGGAUCCUCUAGUAAAAAACACAGCUGUGUUGGACCCACCUGACGCCAACCACACCUACAGUGCUAAGGUGAUGUUGCUCGCUAACCCUGGUAUAGAGGAGCUCUAUCACAAGUCCUGUGCUCUGGCAGAGGACUCCCAGGAACUCAGAGACUCCUUCCAGCAUCCUGCUCGACUCAUUAAGUUUUUGGUGGGCAUGAGAGGUAAAGAUGAGGCCAUGGCCAUUGGUGGUCACUGGUCUCCCUCUCUGGAUGGAGCCGACCCAGAGAAGGAUCCGUCGGUCCUUAUUAAGACAGCCAUACGCUGUUGCAAGGCACUCACAGGAAUAGACCUUAGUCUGUGCACUCAGUGGUAUCGUUUUGCAGAGAUUCGCUAUCAUCGGCCGGAGGAGACACACAAGGGGCGGACAGUCCCUGCUCAUGUGGAGACAGUGGUUUUGUUUCUUCCGGAUGUUUGGCAUUGUCUUCCUACCCGCUCAGAGUGGGAGGUGCUGUCACGGCGACUCCGGGAGCAGCUGUCUGAGAAGCUGUCGGCCGAGCGAAAGGAGGCGGAUGGAGAACAGGAGGAAGAGGACAAGGACGACGAUGAGUCGAAGGACGUUAGCACUCCCACUCACUGGGCUAAACUUGACCCGAAAUCAAUGAAGGUGAAUGACCUGCGCAAGGAGCUCGAUUGUCGCUCUCUGAGCUCUAAGGGGUUAAAAUCCCAGCUGAUUGCUCGGCUCACCAAGCAACUGAAGGUGGAGGAGCAGGUGGAGGAGUCCAAGGAGCCUGAGAAACCAGAGAGCAAAGUUGCCGAGGAAGAGGAGCCGUGUCGCACUGAGGAUGACAGAGAGGAGGAGGAAAGGAAGAGGCAGGAAGAGCUGGAGCGCCAGCGGAGAGAAAGGCGCUACAUCCUCCCUGAUGAGCCCACCAUCAUCGUUCACCCCAACUGGGCGGCCAAGAAUGGCAAAUUUGACUGCAGUGUCAUGUCUCUGAGCGUCCUGCUGGACUACAGACUGGAGGACAACAAGGAGCACUCUUUCGAGGUUUCCCUGUUCGCUGAGCUGUUCAACGAGAUGCUACAAAGAGAUUUUGGCUACCGCAUCUAUAAAGCCUUCGCCGCUCUCCCGUCCAAGGACGAGAAGAAGGAGAAGAAGGCCAAAAUAGAGUCGGACAAGAAAGAGGCUGAAAAGCGUGAAAUAAAGAAGGAAAAGGAAGAAGAAAAUGAAGAAACUCCAGCAAAGAAGACCAAAGAAGAUGAAGACGAGAAGCGGAAGUUUGAAGAAAAGCCUCUGAAAAAAGAGGAGUCUCGUGACGAGGAGGAGAACGAAGAUGACGGCAGCACGGCCAACGCUGAAGAAUAUGACCCCAUGGAGGCCGAAGAUGCAGAUGAUGAUGACGAUGAUGAUAAAGACGACGACGACUCCAAUGACAGAGACAGGAAAGACCGAAAGGAUGACCGCAAGUCAUCCAAAGAGAGGUCGUCUAAAGACAAGGAGAAGACGCAGAUGGUCACGCACAACAAGGAGCUGCUGAUGGCGUUUGUCUACUUUGACCAGAGCCACUGUGGCUAUUUGCUGGAGAGAGACCUGGAGGAGAUCUUGUACACACUGGGACUGCAUCUAUCUCGUGCUCAGAUAAAGAAGCUGCUAAACAAACCCAUUGUCAGAGAGUAUUGUUACUAUCGUAAACUGACAGACAAGGGAAGUGAUGAACCCACUCCUUCCAUUAACGAAUCCCAGAUUGAAAACCUCACAGGUAACCGAGGUCUACUUCCUGCUCUGAAAGCUCGCGCGCAGGCAGAGGCCAGCGAGUCUUGUAAUCUGAUCGUGUAUAACGGAGCCAUGGUUGACAUUGGCAGCAUGAUGCAGAAACUGGAGAAGAGUGAGAAAGCCAGAGAGGAGAUAGAACAGAAGCUCAUUGUGCAGGACGCCAAAAUGGAGGAAGACGCAAAGGUUAAAAAUCAGUUGGAGCAAACCAACAAGUCCUUGAGUAAGGAGCUGGAGGAGGUGAAAAGCACACUCAGCCAAACUGAGCAGACUCUGAAGGCCGUGGAGGAGCAGAGGACGACCUAUCGUGACCACAUGAGCAAGUCGGCCAACACCUUGAUGGCCACUGUCAAAGGGCUGCUGGCAGUGCUGAAGAAGGAUCAAGAUGCUGGCGAGUCUGAGGAAGAAGUCGAUCACAUUCUGACAUCUCAGACGAACGGUGCUGAUGACUGAGCCACAACUUUGAGAGAAAUAAAGCUAAUCUAAUACUGAUCAUCUUAAAUUGUAAAUAUUCACUCAACAAAUGUAAUUGUUUUUGUUUGAACCCAUUGUCUCCCAAGUACAUGUUUAAUUUAAUGGAUUAGUUCCCUUGUGUUCAAUUUUACCUCCAUUUUUUUGUUUUUUGUUUAUUUUCUUACGUAGAAGACUUUUAACUAUGACAAAGCUUUGGAGCGCUUCUUUUCAAACUAAAUUUGGUUGCUAACAUUUCUUUUUGCCAUCGCUUCAGCUUUGUUAUGGCCAACAAAGUGCCACAGUGUAGAUUUAAAAGCCAGUAUGUGUGAGUUGUAUUUGAGUUAAUUUAGUUUUUUCUAAUGAGCAAUAAUGAUGCUAUUUAUGUGCGAGAGAAUUCACGAGAACUUAUAUUUAAAAGAAACUAGUUUUGGAAGGAAAGGGUGGGAGGAUGCCCACGUGGUUCAGACAGAUUUUCCUCACAAACCAUCCCUGCCCCAUUUCGUUGUUUUUGUUUCUACAUUCACUUUGUUCUUCAAUUUGGCUGGAUUAACGGGUUUUUCCAUUAUUUUCAAACACAUCGCUAUGCAUGGUUGCUGCCUCUCGUGGAUCAUUUUUCUGUCUGCACCUCCUGACUGUGUCCCCCGACUGCAGCGCCGCCAUGUGUUACUGUGACGAGCGCCUGUCUUGUUUUCGGAAAACUACACAUGAACCAAAAGUUAAGCUCAAUGAAUGUGUGUUCUGCUGAAGGAAUGAACAUUGACAUUGUGAGUCCAUCUCUGAACUAUGUGUGUGUUGGUUUGGGAUGUUCUUAAAAAAAGAAAAGAAAAAGGAAAAAAAAGAGGCACAAUUACAUUUAAAUGUUCUCCAAAGCAGGCAAUUUUAUUUUUCUAUAGAAAAUGUACUCUAUGGAUGUCUUGUGCAAGAGUAAAGUGGUCCAUUUUAACACUA